UCACUGAAAAUCUUAUCAAAGAGGGAUCAUAUUUUGUAGUCGACGGGUUGCUAGCUGGAAUAUAUUUUUGUCAAAAUGAUUCGUGGUGUAGUUCUGUGUUGUGCUAUUUACUUUCUUUCUCUAUCACUACCACUGGUCAAGUCGAUGACAGACGAGCAGAAGGCGAUGAUCCACGAGCACUUCGAGAAGGUGGGGCUGGAGUGCCUGAAGGGCAACAUGAUCACGGAGGACGACAUCAAGAACCUGAGGGCCAGGAAGGUGCCCGAGGGAGAGAACGCGCCCUGCUUCCUCGCCUGCAUGUUUAGGAGCAUCGGGAUUAUUGACGACAAAGGAUUAAUGCAAAAGGAGAAUGCUCUGGAAUUGGCAAAGACUGUCUUCAAAGAUCCCGAAGAGCUGAAGAUGAUUGCAGACUACAUUCACUCUUGUUCCCAUAUAAACUCUGACGCGGUUAGUGAUGGAGAGAAGGGCUGUGACAGAUCAAUAAAUGCAUACAAAUGUAUGGUGGAAAACGGAAAACAGUUUGGCUUCGACGUUUAGAAAACGAAUAAAACGAGUUCCUGAAAAAGGAUGAAACUUGGCAUUCCUGUAGUUUACAUAGAAGUUACUAGCAAUGACUAUCUCUAUCUGUGAUUAUUUUUAUGUAUCACUUUUACUAAUAUAAAUAAAGCAUUGAUUAUA